UACUGUGGCUAUUCUUCACCUAAACCGAUAGUGUCCUUAGGAAACAGCAUUUUUGUGUAUUUCGACACCAAUGACAGAUACACAGAGAGAGGAUUCAAAGCCCUGUACCGUGCUGUGGCCCCUGAGACAACGCCAGAAAUAGUUGGGGCUGGUGGCGUUCUUCAAGGUGACCAUGGGGAGCUGUUGACCCCCGGCUUUCCCUCACAAAACUACGAGAACGGCGCGCUCUACCAGUGGAUGAUACACGUACCUGAUGGGGAAAAGGUCCGGCUAACAUUCACAGCGUUUAACCUUGUCCCAGAAUCAUGUGGUGACUUUGUGGAUGUCUAUGACGGCGCUUCGGAUGGUGCCGCCCAACUGGGUCGUUUCUGUGGAAACAGUCUCCCGGCUCCGAUGUUGUCUAGUGGCAGUAGUAUGGUGGUACGUUUCAAGUCUGAUUCGAGCGUGACUGCCAAAGGCUUCAGUGCCACCUAUACACUAGCUAGUGCCCCACCAGUUACAACCACUCCAAAGACCACAGGACCAACGAUUACCACACCUGUCCAGACCCAAACACCUGCUCCAGAAGACUCUGGCUGUGGGUCCUCUGGGAAGCUGUCCGGACGUAAAGGUCAGAUAAACUCCAAGAACUAUCCUCGGGCUUAUCCUGCAAACUUGAGGUGCUCUUGGGACAUCUCAGUGGAUGAAGGCUUUCUUGUCAAACUGCACAUCACUGAUCUGGCCAUCGUGGGUGAGGCGGGCCAAUGCGGCAAAGAUAAACUCACCGUCACCGACAGUCAGCAGUCACUGGGCACACACUGUGGGUUUGUUCUUCCCCCGGUACUUAUCAGUGUCAGCAACAACAUGUCGCUAAGUUUCCAGUCAGACUCUCGGCUAACCGACCGUGGGUUCUCUGCCACAUGGCAAGCUGUGUAUCCAGAGGACCUUUCUGAUAUCCAGGGAUGUGGAGGUUUCUCACAGGAGGAGACAGGCAUCGUGAAGUCUCAAAACUGGCCCACGAACUAUCCAGCUAACAGCAUGUGUCUGUGGACCAUACGCGUUCCCAAGGGGAAGACCAUUAAAUUGACGUUCACUCAUUUUGACGUGGAAGAGGCUGGCAUCCUUUUUGGCCAGUGCAAUGACAACGUGGUAGUCUACGACGGAACACAACCUGGAGCGAAAAAAUACGGGCCCUUUUGUGGCUCCAAAAUCCCUGCCGUCAUCGAUAGCACAACCAAUGAGCUUGUGAUACGUUUCUUCGCCGACUUUUUCAUCGAGGCCAAAGGUUUUCAUGCACACUGGGCUACGGAUUCCACGUUACCGACCCCGACUGAAGCUCCGGUGCCGCCCAACCCUUGGGAUGACAUCAAAAUAGACUGGCCCGAGAGCUGCGGGAAGCCCACGAUCCCUCCGGAUGUCAACACUCGCAUAGUGAAUGGAGAACCUGCCAAAGCACACUCCUGGCCGUGGCAAGUAUCCAUGCAGGUUUUGCGUGAUUCUGAGCCUUCGCCCAAAUUCGGUCAUACAUGUGGAGGAACUCUCAUCCAUAAGAACUGGGUCCUGACAGCUGCUCACUGCUUCAUCAGGUUAUAUAUAGACAUACAUGCAUAAAUACACACACACACACACACACACACUACAUUGACAA